GGCUCCCUUUCCCACCCCGGAGCGCUAAGAGAAAGACUUCACUCUCUUUGGGCCUGGUAGGCGGCGUCAUCAGCCUGCACCUCCUUGGGUCCCUGGCAGGAAAGAGCCAGCGAAGCCGAAGUCGCUGAGAUCAUCAGUCACCAUGGCCUUGAAACCAGAGGACCCCUGUAGUGGGUUCAGGCAUAGAAAGGUGAUAGACUUCAUCAAUCAGAAAAUGGACAUGCACCAGAAAGGCUCCAAGUUCUACUGCGAUAAUAUGCCCCUGUCCUGGGAGGAGGUGGAAAACAAGCUCCAGGUCGUCUUAGAGGACAGCGAGGUGUCCAAGGAAGCCAAGGAAGCCUGCGCUUGGGGCAGCCUGGCCCUUGGGGUGCGCUUAUCCCGAAGGCAGGGACAGUUACAGGGACGCAGGGUGCGGUGGCUGCAUGACUUCGCCAAACUGCAUAAGUCGGCUGCACAGGCUUUGGCCUCAGAAAUGAAGGAGCUCAGGGCACAGCACGAGAUGGAGCGCAAGGAGGCAGCAUUCCGACUGCAGCUGGCCCACGCCAAAGUGGCAGAGUUGCAGAAAGAACGGGACAUGCUGAGCUGGAAGCUCCUGCAGGCGGUAAGACUGCUCAACUCCCAGCAGGAGCCCCGUCUCCCAACAAGAGCCUCCUCUGCGGCAGGAGCCCCACCUCACCCUUCCCUGAGCCUGCUUCCCCCAGACCCGACCUCAGUUCCAGCCACUCUUCUCCAGGAGCUGAACAGCCGCUGUGAGUGGGUUACAGAGAGACCAGUCCUGGCCAAGGCCAGACGGGCUGCAACAGGAGUAUUGGGUGGGCAGGAGGAGGCGGCGGCUGCCACUGGCACUAGCAGAAGAGGACGAAAGAAGAGGGAAGUAGAGAUUGUCCCCUUGGAGGCCACCCAGAAGCGAAGUGGAGGCCUCCCGAGGCUUCUCGGAGCUGUGGGACGGAAACAUGACAAGUCCGGCAAGCAGAGGGAGGGAGACCUCAGGUCAGUGGAGACAGCCAUGUUUUAUUUCUCUGGGACCCUAAAUGCAGGGCCCACAGCCUCACAGGCACUGCUUCCUGUCCAGCUCCCUGCCUCGUUCUCGUACCCCUACACGCCCCCCUUCCCAGCCCCAUCCACACCACCCCUAGCUACAGCCAGGGUCCCAGCACCUGCUGCACCUCAGACGUUCCCCCACUGGUCAGCCUCUGAUAUCGGCCUGUGGUCUGCCACGGGGGCUCAGGGAGUAGACCCUCCAGAACCGCAGAGAGACGAGAAAGACUCCGAAGCCCAGCAGCAGAGAAGACCCCCAGUGUUCCGCAGGCCGGGGGACUGGGACUGCCCCUGGUGUAAUGCUGUCAACUUCUCACGGAGGGAAAUGUGCUUCCGCUGUGGGAGGGGAAUCUGGCUCCAAAGCCCUUGAAUUCAGAAAUGUGAAAUAGAAGAAGCAGCAUACCCCAAUGGGAGAUCGAUUUUUCAGAGGGAGCCGGGAGAGGUGGAGAGGGGACAGGGAAGGAAUGGAAGGGAGGUGGGUGGAGUAUAGGUAGCUGGGGAAGAGCCGUGUCUUAACGACCCCCUUUUGUGUUCUGGAAUGUUAGCUCUAUUGCAGUUUCUGUGUGUGUGUGAGUGUGUGUUUGCCCCCGUACCCUAGUGUCUGGUGGCCCUGGCCUGCCAUGUGUAUCACAUAUCGCCCUCUCCCUCAACCUAGGCCUAGGCCUUACCUGGUUGGAACAGGAGUGGACAUUUGACCUA